GGAGGGGAAAGUGGUAUUUGGGAGCCCAGAACAGCAAAGAUCCUAGCUGCUGGAACCCCGCGCCGCGUCGGGGCGUGACAGUCGUCUGCGAGACGCCGAGCUCAGUUGUCAUCCUCUUCUUGUGUAAGCUGCCACCAUGACCCUGACGAAAGGUUCCUUUACCUACUCCAGUGGGGAGGAAUACCGUGGCGAGUGGAAAGAGGGCCGGAGACAUGGUUUUGGUCAACUGAUGUUUGCAGAUGGUGGCACCUAUCUGGGCCACUUUGAGAAUGGGCUUUUUAAUGGCUUUGGAGUAUUGACCUUCUCAGAUGGCUCACGGUAUGAGGGGGAGUUUUCCCAGGGCAAGUUCAAUGGCGUCGGAGUCUUCAUUCGAUAUGACAACAUGACCUUUGAAGGGGAAUUUAAAAAUGGCAGAGUUGAUGGUUUUGGCUUGCUGACUUUCCCGGAUGGUUCUCAUGGAAUACCCCGCAAUGAAGGUCUGUUUGAGAACAACAAACUGCUGAGGCGUGAGAAGUGUUCCGCCGUGGUUCAGCGGGCUCAGAGCGCCUCCAAGUCAGCCAGGAACCUCACUGCCUGACAGAGCUUUGGGGGCAGCUGGAAAGUAUCUGCAAAACAGUGGUGUCCCUUGUAUAUGUGCGCGCAAGGUGAACAAAUGAACCGGAUAUGAGAUGAGAAUGACCGUGAAUGGCCGGCAGGGUGCUUUGUCACCUGCCGUUCUGGAGUUCAGUCGCAGAAAACCGUGGAGGAUUUUGGCCCCACGACAACUGACCCUGUGGCAGUUAUGUCCUUCCCUGGCCCUGAUGUGCUCAAGAAUAGGGCCUACCCUCUCUCCCUGUUAUUUCCAAGACCUUGGGUUAUCCAGUGCUGCGGCCUUCUCUCUAUCUGCUGUCAGACCGUAGAGAAUCUCUUCAUCCCCAUCCUGAUGGCAGAUAAUCUGAGUCUCGACUCAGGACCAGCCCUGUGUGCUACCGUUUGAGAAAUCAGGAAGGCAGGGGUGACUUAGACCACAGCAGCCCUGUGAAGUCCAGGCCAGAGCUCUUCUGGGUGUUACCUACUCACUCACUGCAUUUGGAGGCCUGGCUCCAGACUGAUGUCUGUCUUCUCAUCCCUCCUCAGUGUAAGAGUGUGGCUUUCUUCUCCCUCAGCUUUACCUCAGUCUUCCUUACUCGAGUUACAGCAGACAUCCCAAUCCCUGUCUGUGCCUCUCUCUUCUGUUAGACGUCAGACAGGAUCCCUUUCUAGAAUAGCCAAGUAAGACACUAGUGUAAAAGUAACCUAGGACCUGCGUUCAUUACUCACUCCAGGGCAAAGGGCAGACCUAUCCAGGCCUUCUAUGGAAUGACCUGGAAUCCCAGGGAAGCCUGCACUGAGAGUUCCUUCCCAGUGUACCAUUGGAUCAGACUCACUGUCCCUUGGGUAUUCGAAGACUUAGAUCCGUUCUAGUGUGAACUGUCUAGCAUGGGCUCCUCCAUUUGACUUGUGACUCUGGAAGCAAGAGUCUUGGCCCUUGGGCCUGGGACAGAUCUUCCUGCCAAAAUCACCACAAGGUCUCCAGUUAGCCUAGGUCCCAGCCCCAGCCCCAGCCCCAGGCCCCGUCCUCAAAUCUCUCUCAACAGCAGA